AUGAAUUCGGAUGUCGCGCAUGGUUUGAUUUUAUCGGAUAUGGGUCGUUAUAGAGGAUGUAUUGGAUAUUUUGAAAAUUUAUUAAAUAAUACAGUACAAAGCGAUCGUGAUAAAUACAUGAUUUUCUGCCGACUUGCUGCACUUUACUCUUAUUUUGGACAACAUUUGAUGGCAUUAAAAUAUGCAAAAAGGUCAAUAAGCCUUCGUACCGUUUAUUCGACAGACUUUUGUGAUGAUAUGGAAAGAUUCGGUACAAUAUUCGCGAAUGUGGAAGCAUAUGAUGCUGCAUUCUGGUGCUUUGAAAUAGCAAUGAAAAAUGCUAAUAAUAUCCUUGAAAUAGCACAGCUUCAUUCGCAUUUGGGGAAAUUCUAUUGUACGCAGAAGACUUAUGUCUACGCACUCAAACAUUGUCGACAAUCGCUCGAAAUUUACAAUGAAUUUUUUGCAGACUAUUUUUCUAUAUUAGCAGAUACGCUUUACGACACUAUAGGUACAGUUUAUUGUGAGAUGAACAAUUAUCAAAUGGCAAUUGAAUAUUUUCAUAAAGCUUUGUCAAUAAGACAAUCCAAGUAUCCACGAAAUCAUUGGCCGAGUAUAACUCUGUAUACUUCACUUUGUUAUUGUUAUUAUGGCACCGAGCAAUAUGAUUUAUUAGAAGAAUAUUCGAAAAAAUUACUUGAACUGGAAUAA